AUGGCGACUUACACGAAAACUUGGCAUUGGAAUUGUGCCAGUUCUUUGUGUACGAAUAAUUACAGAACUAAAGGAAUAACGUACUACACUUUGCCCAGCGAUCCUGAGCUUCAAAAAGGAUAUAGGAAAGUUCUUAUGAACGAAAAUAUUAACUGGAGAAAACAUGUUAUAUGCAGCGCCCAUUGGAGCUCAGGGAAACGAGAGAACAAGAAUCAAUUGCCAGACAUAAUUUGUACAAAAGAAUAUGCUGCUAAUCUGGAAAAAGAGUACUCCCAAAAACCAUCUAGGGAAUUGAAAAGGAAAAUUGACUGUACAAAAACGGUUCUUACUUCGUCGAAUGCCAAUACCGUGAGGAGUACUCCAAGGAAACCCCCGAAAGACAGGAGUGAAACUCCCGUACCGCGAGUUAAAAAGCGACGGGUUUCAGCUGCGAACGUAGAAAAAGAAAAUCAGAAGCUUAAAAGUCAAGUGGAAAGUUUGACGAGAGAACUAAAUGGAAAAAAGGCUUUGAUUGAAGAUUUACAGCAACAGCUGUCAAAGACUCAAACAGAACUUGAAAAAAAUGCUGCGAACAACAGUCAGCAACUCAAUGCAAUGAAGAAAGCACUCGAAGGCCAAACUUUUAGUUAUGAAGCACUCAUGAGAUACCCAGAUAGAAUUUACUACAUGACAGGAUUAACACUUUCCGAAUUAGAUUGUCUAUAUGAAUGUUUGGAGCCUUUCUUGCACACAAUUGUUUAUCCUGAUUGUAACAAUGACGACUCGUCCCAUCUUAGAAAGCUGGACACAAAGACAGAACUUAUCAGUUUCUUGACAAUUUGUAGACAUGCAUUGGACCUUGGUGUUAUUGCAUGGAUGACUGGUUCAAGUAUCUCAACUAUGAGUAGAAUUUUUGUAGGAUGGUGUGUAUUCCUGAGCACCAUUUUUGAGUCUAUUGACCUGACCCCAUUACCUGGAUUUUUGAAUGACUAUAUGCCAAAAUGUUUUAUGGAGUCAGGAUAUGGUGAUACUGCUCUCAUAGGGGAUGCAACUGAAAUUUGGAUCUGCCAAUCAGAGAACUUUGAUAUUAAUAAUAUUACAUUCUCGAACUACAAGAACCACACUACAGGGAAGAUAUGUUUGUGGACCCUUCCUCCUGGUUUUUUACUCAAAUGUACCGAUGCAUUUCCUGGCAGCAUUAGUGAUGCUGACAUAACAGAGCAAUCAUGUGUGCUAGAUACAGUUACAAAAGGGAAGACAGUUAUGACUGAUAAGGGCUUUAAUAUCACUGAUAUUUGUCAUGAGAAAGGCCUGUUACACAAUAGACCUCCAAUGAAAUUUUCUCAUCAAUUUGAUGAGACUGAGGUAGUAAAGAACUUUGACAUUGCAACAUUAAGGAUCUACAUUGAAAACUACAUAGGAAGAAUCAGAGAUUGGCAAAUUCUAAGCAAAACUUGGCCAAGCUCAAGAAUUGAUUUACUUGGUUGCUGUUUCCAAAUAUUUGCACAUAUUGUUAAUAUGUUAAAAAAACCAGUUGGACCAAAAUAA